UGCAAUUUGAUGCUUCUCUGGACCUGCUCUCGACUCGAAUGGUAUAUAUGCUGCAAAUCGCGCAGAGCAUGAAUGAGCGCAUGCCAGGCCUUCAGAAGGCUCUUAAUGAGUCCGAAGAACGAACCGCACAGCUGCAUCAAGCACAGUUGCGGCAAUACGAAGCUCUACAAGAAACAUCCCGAUUACACCAGCAGCAACAAAUUCACUUGACUGGCAUGCUGGCUGAUCUUGACAGAGCAGCCGUCAUAGCUGCGAAAAUUCUCAAGGCAAUUGACCAGAUGGGAUCUAAGUAUGGGCUGGAUCUCGUACUGAAAGUGAUGGGUGAUAUAGUCUGGUGCAGCCUCGUGAUCUGGAAUGUAGUUACAGAGCAUUCAAGGGCAGUCGCUGUAAUUUUCAAUUAUCUGUUUCGGCGUGGACAUUGACUCUAUUUCAUUCGACAUCCAUCUUAAUUAUGUGUUUCCUUAUUUUUGAUAUAAUGUUCACACACUUGCACGGUGGAACAACCUAGCGGGUGGUAUUUCCUUU